AUAUAUGUUAAGCAGAGCAGUUGAGGACGGGAGAUGUCUCAUCCACAGGAUGACCAUGAGUUGGGUCAACUUGACAGUAACUUACAACAACAACAAAGAAUGUGGGGAGAUGAGAAGUGCUUGGUUUCCCACUUCAGGAGAUGAAGGAAGAGGAGGAGGAAAGCAGCAACCAUCCCAGCUCUGGGAAGAAUUAUUAUUUUGGACAAUAACUCUGCCAAAUUUCCCGGGGAGCUGUGAGAAUGCAGGGCGUUCUCAUCAAACACAAAAGUCUCUUGCUGCCAAGAUGGUAACCGAAGGCGAGCCAAGCAGCCUUAUCAAAGUCAUCCAGCUUUUUAUCCUCUCUACAGCCUGGGGGAUGCAGAUAUGGGUGACAUUUAUUGCCGGAUUUGUCCUUUUCCGAGGGGUGAGUCGGCAUACCUUUGGCCUGGUACAAAGUAAACUGUUUCCUUUCUAUUUCUACACCUUGCUUGGCUGCACUUUCAUGAACCUUGCCAUCUUUGCUACAUACCACCCACGGGAGCUUCUGGAUACCAGGGAGACUAUCCAGAUUGUGCUCUUUUUUGCUUGCCUCGUCUUGACUGUGGCUAAUGUUUCCUGGUUUUCCCAAGUCACCACCAAGACCAUGUUCAAGAUGCAAGAGAUUGAAAGGGAGCACGGAUUGGGGGCAGAAGUGGGGCUCUCAAGCCAGAAGGAGGCUUACCAGCUCCUGAAAGAAAAGGAUGCUAAGUAUCGGAGCCUGCGUCAGAAGUUCUUCAAGUUUCACGGCCUGUCCUCUCUCUGCAAUCUGGCUUGUGUUGUCUGCACAGGUGUGAAUUUGGCUUUUAUAGCAAUGCACCUGGACAGUCUGUAGGUGGAACUCUACCCCUCUGUUCCCAUCUUUCCUUGUUCUUACUGAAGGAUUUAUUUUCUAAAAGUACAAAACUGAAAGCAUCACUGACUGCAGCCCUUGUUCUGGUUGAUGCUCCUUAAUUUAUCCGCUUUGAGAAACCUGCAGACAAUGUGAUUGAAAUUAGUGGCUGGGGUAAGAUUUAGCCAUUUGUUUGUAAAACCAGCAGGGCAACUGGUGUUUUCUCCAGAUAGAUGGAUCUCUCACCAAUGAAAUCUCUGUUCUUUCACCCAGCAUCAAGUUUGCCUUGGGCUUGUACUGUUUUUGUAGCAGGCUGCUGGCAACACCCCAACAGCCAACUGGUAUUUCCUCCAGCCAGGUAGAUAUCUCACUAGUGAAGUCCCUGUUCUUCUUCCCAGCACCAAUUUAUGUGAGGGAUGAAUCUAAAAGUUCAGAACAGAACAGUGGCUGUAAACAUCUCCUUACAAGUAUUAUACUCUUGUACAUGGCACUCAGUAGAUGCUCUGGAUGCCUUCAGAGGAUUGUAGUGAAAGAUGAUGGACCACAGCCAUCUAUGGCUGCCACCUUCCCUCCAGAUUCCAUGAAACUAUACCCAAUAAUUGGUUUGGGCUGUGCUAAGUUAGGUUAACAUUUACUCCUGUUGCAAAAACAAAACUUACUGGCUUUUUUCUGGAAACCUUAUGUUUUAUGACACCCUACUGUUUGCCAUAAGAGCUGGUGUGGCAUAGUGGUUUGAGCAUUGAACUAUGCUUCUGGAGACCAGGGUUUGAUUCUCUUUUCAGCCAUGAAACCCACUGGGUGACCUUAGACAAGUUGCAUGUUCUCAGCCUCAGGGUAAGACAAUGACAAACGUCUGAACAAAUCUUGCCAAGAAAACCCUAGGGUAAGUUCAUCAUAGGGUUGCCAUAAGUCAGAUAUGACUUGAAGGCACAUACCACCACUAUUUGCCAUAUUAAAUGAAAAGAACAGCCUGGUCAUUGAUUCCUUAAAACCUUUCAGAAGUAACCCUAAUAUGGAAGCAAGUCCCAUUCAGCUCAGUGGAAUUGCUAAGUAUAUACACAUAGAUUGUACUGCUUGUGGCUCCUUAGAGUUUCUGAAUAUCUUAGCAUAUAUGGCUGUAUACUUUUUAAUACGUUGAUUAUUUUUAACCUAUAUAAACUGCAGUUUAAGCCCUAGUAUCUUCUUGGCAAAACAGCUGGGAAUGUGUCACUGUGUCAUCACCUUUCUUUUUGCUGCUUAUUGCAGGAGCUUUGGAGUCAAGGCCCUAAUUUCCAUUUUCUAGAUUCAAAGUAAGAGUGACCUCUUGGCUCCAUGCAGUGAAAUGAAGGCAGAGGUGGGAAAUCAUACUCAAAUUCUGAUGCAGUACAAGAUCCAGUCCAUUAGUCAGUGCUCACUUCAUUUGCUUCCCUCUUUGUUUAACUGCUAGAUGGGAGAACGUGCUUUUGAAGUUGUCUGUCUUGUUCUUUGGUCUGUAUACCGUAUAAACCCUCUUGUUUACUGAUGAGACUGGCCUGGGUGUGUUUGUUGUGCUCUUCCAUCUUUUUCUUUCCUUUCUCUUUCUGUACAAAGCAAUCGUCAAUAAACAAUUUUUUUCUGGAAA